CAUCCGUCUUCACUUCUCUCAUACACAGCCACAAACAAAAAAAAUCAAAGUCUCAAUCUUUACUUCUUCCUUCGAUCCUAGAAUUUCUACGAAGCUCAACCCAGAAAAAAACUAUGCUUUUACGAAGCGCGUCGACCCCACUUCUCACCUCAUUGGUUCACGUCUCGAGCCCAAGGGAAUCUCCAAUCGAGCCCGAAUCUCUUCAUCAGAUCCAACGUCCCAGAUCUAUAACGCUCUCUUCCUCUUCCUCGUGCUGUUACAGCCCCGUGUCUAUCCACUCCAGCGACGAAUCCACAAGGAGGAUCAAAAGGACAGCGUCGGAGAGCGAUCUUAAACAUCUGACAUCGACUAAGCAUGCGAGUAAGUUCCUCACCGGUGCUCUUAUGGAGGAUAUAGAAGAAGGAAUCGGAUUCGGGCUUAUACCCGCGUCUUCUUACGAAACAGAGGUUGGAGGCGGCGGAGGAGGGAAGAGCAGGAGCGGCGGAAGAUCUGACGGUGGUGAUGAUGGAGAGGAUAGCACAGACGUUCAUUAUCGUAAGAUGAUUGAAGCUAAUCCUGGAAACGGGAUUUUUCUCAGCAAUUACGCCAAGUUCUUGAAAGAGGUUCGGGGAGAUUACUUGAAAGCAGAGGAGUAUUGCGGGAGAGCUGUUCUGGUGAGUCCUUACGAUGGGAAUGUUCUGGCCAUGUACGCGGAGCUUGUGUGGAUGAUUCAUAAGGAUUCGUCACGUGCCGAGUCGUAUUUUAAUCGAGCUGUUGCAGCUGCUCCUGAUGACUGUUAUGUACAAGCUUCAUAUGCGCGGUUUCUUUGGGAUGCUGAAGAGGAAGAAGAUGAAGAAGAGAGACACGAAGAAGUGCUUGAGCCUCAGACUUCUCGAAUGGAUUUCUUCACGGGACCUUACCCAAUCACGGCCAUGUCUUAACUCGUGGUCUUGGCAUCUUAUAGAUUUAGACUACGUCUAUGAUCUAUCUUAACCCUUUUGUUUUAAUGUGAAUUUUUUUAAUGUUGUCUCCCGUUCAUGGGUGUUUCUCUGCUUCACUUUUAGAAUUUGUCUCAGUUGUAGACUUGUAGUAAUAUCAUGGAAAGGAAAAUAAGUUACGGAGUAAAAAGUUUUGCUUUUUGAUGGAUUUAA